AUGGAGGCGGAACCGGCGGUAGCCCGAGCGCCGACAGCGCGCAAGAGCGGCGCAAUCGUCACGCACAAGCCCCGAACAGACAUGGCCACCCGCGCCGAGAGGGAAAAGGCGCGGAGGAUACGAGAGGCCCAGCAGGCAUACGGCCGAGGGAAGCAGAUCAACACCAAGCAGAUCAAGGACAAGAAGCUGCGGCGGAAUCUGAAACAGCUCGAGGCAAAGUACCAGAACGCGACGCUCAAGGCCAAGGAUGCCGAGAUCCUGCUGGAGAACACGUCCGGCUUCCUCGAGGCCGAGGGCGAGCUGGAGCGGACGUACAAGGUGCAGCAGGAUGAGAUCGUGGCCAACGUCGCGGUCGAGACGGCCAAGAAGCGGUUCGAGCUGAAGCUGGACCAGCUGGGGCCCUACCUGUGCGACUACUCACGGAACGGACGGGAGCUGCUGCUCGGCGGGCGAAAGGGCCAUGUCGCGACGAUGGAUUGGCGGGAGGGGAAGCUGGGCUGCGAGAUCCAGCUGGGCGAGACGGUUCGAGACAUCAAGUGGCUGCACAACAACCAGUUCUUCGCCGUGGCGCAGAAGAAGUACGUCUACAUCUACGACCGCAACGGCGUCGAGAUCCACUGCUUGAGGAAACACUCGGAAGUCACACACAUGGAAUUCCUCCCCUAUCACUUUCUCCUGGCCACAAUGAACACAGGAGGCGUCCUCAAAUACCAAGACACGUCGACCGGCCAGAUCGUCGCCGAGCUCCCCUCCCGCCUCGGCCCCCCGACCUCAUUAACGCACAACCCCUACAACGCCAUCGUCCACGCCGGCCACCAGAACGGCACCGUCACGCUCUGGUCGCCCAACUCGGCCGAGCCGCUCGUCAAGCUGCUGGCCCACCGCGGGCCCGUGCGAGGCGUCGCCGUCGACCGCGAGGGCCGGUACAUGGUCUCGGCCGGCCAGGACGCGCGCAUGGCCGUCUGGGACAUUCGCAUGUUCAAGGAGGUCAGCACGUACUCGACGUACACGCCCGCCUCGUCCGUCGCCAUCUCGGACACGGGCCUCACGGCCGUCGGCUGGGGCACGUCGACGACCAUCUGGAAGGGCCUCUUCGACAAGAACCUGGCCGAGCAGCAGCGCCAGUCGCACCCGUACAUGAAAUGGGGCCGCGAGGGCAAGGCGGUGGAGCGCGUGCGCUGGUGCCCCUACGAGGACGUGCUCGGCAUCGGCCACGACAAGGGCUUCUCGUCCGUCAUCGUCCCCGGCGCCGGCGAGGCCAACUUCGACGCCUUCGAGGCCAACCCCUUCGAGACGGCCAAGCAGCGCCAGGAGACCGAGGUCAAGGGCCUGCUCAACAAGCUGGCGCCCGAGAUGAUCGCCCUCGACCCCAACUUCGUCGGCAACGUCGACCUGCGCUCCGACGCCCAGCGCCGCGCCGAGCGCGACCUCGACGCCAAGCCCGUCGACGUCGCCGAGGAGAUCCGCAACCGCGCCAGGGGCAAGAACGGCGCGCUCAAGAAGUACCUGCGCAAGCAGCGCAAGCGCAACAUCAUCGACGAGAAGAGGCUGCGCGUGGACGAGCUGUGGAAGGAGCAGCAGAAGAAGAACGACAAGAAGCGCAAGGAGGUCGAGGAGGAUCUGGGGCCGGCCCUGUCGCGGUUUGCCAAGAAGGAGUGA